UCCAACUGACAGCUGCAACACUGCGUCUCUCGCUGCUGUGUUCACCGUCUUCAGGAGUAACACUUCUACAACAGAAGAGAAGCUCCAAGAUAUCUAAAUGUCUGAAGGAAGCUGCUGACAGAGAUAGAAACAGAGGCCGUAUGAUGGGGCACUCAUUCCUGCAUGGUGGUCCAUGCUUAACUGGUUUAAGCCCAGCAAUAAUCCACGUGCUUUUUGGUGGAUCCCCUGAAACAGCCACCAUAGAUAUACUGGACUGUGUGGACACUGAUGUGCGUCAAGUAAUAGAGAUGUUGAAAGGCACAGGUGAAUUAUCAGAGGAGGAAAAGAGGGCUAUUACAGACCUUGCAGUGUCCUGGGAUUUGCCUGGUGUGACGUCAGAGAACAGAAGAUGGCUGCUUGACAAACUGCUCAUUCACGCAGUCCUUGAAAGAACCUCCAAGCAAGUAAAGCAGCUACGGCGGGGUUUGAAGGAAACAUUGAUCUGGCCUUUGCUGACUGAGAGGAAAGACACUCUUCUUCUUCUCUUUCCUAGGACUCGUGAUACAGUGUACACCCCACUGAUGAUUUUAGAGAGGAUAAUUUGGCCAACACAUGAUGAAGACAGCGAGGCCUCUCUUGAAGACACAUGUAGGCUCACCGGAUUCCUUCGCACCUUCAUUGGAAAUUCUUCUUAUAAUAUCUUGCGGUUUCUAAUGAAAUUCUGGACUGGAUGGGAUGUGCUGCCCAGGAGCCUAGACGUUGAGGUGGUGGAUGGAAACCUACCCAAGUCUUCCACAUGCUAUCAAACUCUCAAGCUUCCUAGUCAUUACAAGGACUAUGCUGCCUUUGAGAGAGAUAUUUUAGCUGCUAUCUGGAGCUCAGAUUAUGGAUUUGGAAUGGUCUAAGUUUGUGUUACAAAUAAUAUCAGAUGCCAUAUUUCUACUGGAGUUAGUGUUCAAUUUUUCUACAUUUUUCAUGUCUAAAUCGGAUAUUCAGUCAGAAGAUCUCAAACAUGUUUGGUAUGUUGCAGUGUUCAGAGUUUUGUAUUUGACAAGGCGAUGCCAAAAUAACAUUUGAUAAGAAAUGUAAGAAUUUAUUUGCUUGGAUGUACUAAAAGAUACUGUUCUAGACAUUUUAGCUUCAUUAAAUGGUUUGGAAAUAGUUUGAAUAUUGUUCAACUAAGAAUAUUCACUGGAUGCAAGAGUUCAUGCAUAUUAACUGGCACUAAAUGUCAAAAUGUCCCCCUUUUUUUCUUUUUGGAAAGCCAGCCUGUGAAU